ACCCCACCCUGUGUAUCUGGAAUGGUACGGUCCGGAACUUGAAGCAUUUUGCGGGAAGCUGUUUCAGUUCGAGCUACGGAGUGUUUACAAAACAAACCUAACGAAGCUACAGUUGUUCCAAAUGAGUGCCAGAAAGGGCAGAGGAGCCAAAGUGCUCGCAGUGCCACAAGAUGAGAGUCAAAAGGGUUCGUCUUUUGAUCAAAUGGAUUCUCCCAACCUGUCUGCUAUAGAGAGAGCUAGCUUCCUGGAGGGACUGCAGCCAAAUUAUGGUAACCCUCUGCACAGUACCGCCAUGGAGGAAGAUAUAAAUGGCUUAGAGAAGGGAGAGAUGGACAAAGGAAAAGCUGGGAGGAAGGACAUUCCUCAGACGCUGAAGACUACUGUUAAACAGCGUGGCGCUGCCGUGAAGAGGAAGGAGACAGACAGGGAUGGAGAGAAUGAGAAGGAAGAGGAGGAGGAGGAGAAGAAGAGGAGUAGGAGAAGUACUGGAGGGAAGGUGAAAGCCAGGCCCGACGAGGAAGGGGAAACACGGAAAAAGAAGGGAGCACCUCAGAGGGAAAGGGGGGAGUUAGAUGUGGAGAGGACGGAGUCAGACCCAACGGCCAGCAGUCUCAAACGUUUGGUUGGGAAGAAGCCCGCCAAGAGGAGGAAUGCUGGACGGACAUCUGCAGCGAGGCCGGGGAAAAAUCAGCAGAUGAAGAGAGAGAGUGAAUCGGGAAGUGGAAAGUCCAGUGACCCUCAGUCACAGGAAGAAAAAGACACUGACGCCGCCCAGCAGAGCCGUAGGAAAAUCCUGUCCUCUGAUGAGGAGGUGGUGGACGAGGACACGAGUUGGAACCCAAGUCCAAAGAAGGCGAAGAUGUAUACUUUGGGUGGAACCAGAAAGUCUUCGUCUGAUAAGUCUAAAUCUAGAAAGUCUUCAUCGGGCAGCGCGUCUGCAGGACCAGACGAGGCCAACGGCGGUGAACAGAGGAGGAAGAGACGAGGUCGACGGGGAGGAACGGAGUUGGAUGUGGUGCUGGACGCCUUCCUUGACUUCUGUGACCAGUACAGAGAGUCUGUGGAGUCCGAAGCAGUCAAACAGUCAAUUGAUUCGUUCUCCUCCAAUGUGAAAGAGCAACUCUUGGAAAAGAUCUCUUCUUACAAGGAGCUCAAAGUUCUAAAAAGAGAAAACGCCAAGGUGGGUUCUUUGAUCCGCACAAAGACGCAGAGACUGUUGGAUGCCAAACAUGAGCUGAUGAGGGCAGAGAGGCAGGUGUGGUUGCUGGAAAAGGAGAAAGCUGAACUUAAAGUCCGAUUAGCUGAUCUGAGACGAGGCCAAACCUUCCUGCAUGACAUCAGAGAGCUCCACGGAAAAUACCUGGACUACCGACACAAACACCCCAAAGAGAAAGAGACGUAUGGGGCGUCCAGCUUGCCGGCCCUGCUGUUGGAGACCAAGCAUUUUCAGGUGGCACAGCGUCGGCUGACAGGAAUCAAUAACCGACGCGAAAAAAGGCAGAAGAAGAAUGGGACUCGGAAAUAAUGCGCCAUACACACACACACACACACACACAAAUGUACACAGGUUUAAGACUCUCAAAGACUACAUAUUAUGAGCAAUACUAAAUCUGCAGGAAAUGUUUUAAGGCCUUAAUACAGAAAGCCACUUGACAUUUUGGAUUGUAUGUUGUGGUUCCGAUUACAUUGUGUACACUGCCCAUCUUGGAUAAAUACAAUACUGUAAGUAUAAUAAAUGCAAAAAAAUAAGA